CAAGCCCCUCCUGGGCCCGAGGGGGGCCCUGACGGGGAGCGCGCGUGGGGGGGGGGGCGCAGCUCCCGCGAGCCAAGCCGCGCAUCGGCGCGGGCGAUGGUGUCGUGAUGAAAUUCUUCAUUGCGGACAGCUCGGACGGCCAGGUGGUUGGCAAGCUGCUGACUGACAUCGAGAUCGCUCGCGGCUCCGAAAUCAGCGUCUACGUACUCAAUGUCGACGCUUUCGGGGACGCCACCCUCGCAGCGGGCCCGAGUGCCGUGGAUGCGCUCGAAGCUCAGUGCGAACCAGAGGAAACAGUACAAGAGGGAGUUCCAGCAGGAGCAGCGCAUGAUCAACCGCGAGGCUUUCGUGAACGCCAAGGAAGCCAAGGAGAAGCUGUGGGCGGAGGCAUCGGCGGCCGCCUGGCCACCAGCUCGGGAGAGCUCCUGCCAGGAGGCCCAGCCCAGGAAGAGGCCGCGGCAGGUGGCGACGAUGGCAUCGUCGUCAGCGGCAAGCAAGACAAAGAACCACGUGCCCAAGUGGAAGUGUGGCCACUGCGGCUUCGUCAACUUCGGCUUCAGGGGCUACUGCAUGACGUGCGCGGGUCUCCCGCCUGCUGGCGCUCAGCAGCAGCAAGCGGAGCUGAGGCAGGAGGCGACCUGCGCGAGCAGCCGAACCAGCACCAGCAGGAGGACAACCAGGUGAAGGAGAACAUCCAGGUGGACUGGGACCCGUACCUGAUCGAGGAGGAGAUGCUGGAGGAGGCUCCGGCACCGGCGCCAAAGAGGAAUCGAUGGUCAUCGAGGCUGGCGGCCAACAAGGAGGAGAUCGUGGAGGCGCUCCUGGCGGAGGUGGAUGCGGAGAUCCGCCGCUGAGCGUCGAGCAGUACGAUAUCUACGGCGACGGCGGCUGCAACACCACCAACUACGACGACUACGGCGGCUACGAGCGCGACGUGAUGGACAUCAGCUUCAUGGCUUGGCGUCGGGCAAAUCAGACUGGAGGCGACAUCGCGGCGUCAAGCGACGGCCACUACGAGGAUGAGGUUGUGGGUGUGACGCUGGAGGACGUCGCGCCGAAGCCCGAGAAGGACAAGGGCAACGGGGAGUUGCAGUGCCUCGACAUCGGCUCGAACGCGGUUCCCGAGGAGCUCGACGACCCAGAUACUUUCGCGAAGGAGUACGAGGAAGACAUGUAGAAGGACAUGAGCUACGUGGAGCUGAAGAGCGUGGUUGACGCCGUCGGCUUAGGCGAGGUCUUGGACGAGAUCGCCAGCACGGCCUCCCUCGGCGACGACUGCGAUGAGCUCGACGACGACUUUAGCGCCGUUGGUGCAUCAUGCAGAAGCUCGACUGCCAUCGCUCUGGGCGCAAUGGCAAGGGCAAGGGCAAGAGCAAGGCCAAGGGCAAGCACAAGUGCGAGAUCAAGCACGGCGGCUCCGAGGGGGACGGCUUCGACCACGUC